AGGUAUGCGUUGUACAGUCACGUCUUCUGCUGUUACGUGCACAUUGACGUCGUCUUCUCCCGCCGCGUGCGCGAUGACGCAUGUUCUUGCGCAGAGAUAUGGAGGCCUUUGGGUGACUGCAAGAGAGACGUAAAAAGAAAGAGACCGGAGAAAUUUCCAAAACAACAUCGGAGCGUAGACUAGUUCACACUAAGGACUGUGCACACCAGGGACCGGCCCAGGAGAACCUUCCCGGUGACAGAGUCGCAGAUAGAGUGGGUGUGCUGACCCGGGCGUCACCAUGGCGACGGAUAUCACCUCCCCGCCCCGGUUCUUCCACAUGCCGCGGUUCCAGCACCAGGCUCCACGGCAGCUCUUCUACAAGCGGCCCGACUUUGCCCAGCAGCAGGCCAUGCAGCAGCUCACCUUUGACGGGAAGCGCAUGAGAAAGGCAGUGAACCGCAAAACCAUUGACUACAAUCCUUCCGUCAUUCGCCACAUCGAGAAUCGUCUGUGGCAGAGAGACUAUCGAGAUCUCAGAGUCAUCCAGCCUGAUGCUGGCUAUUACAACGAUCUUGUUCCUCCAGUGGGAAUGCUGAAAAACCCCAUGAAUGCAGUCACCACCAAGUUUGUCAGAACUUCUACCAACAAAGUCAAGUGCCCUGUUUUUGUCGUCCGGUGGACCCCUGAAGGCAGGCGCCUGGUUACUGGAGCCUCCAGUGGAGAGUUUACACUAUGGAACGGACUGACCUUCAACUUUGAAACCAUUCUACAGGCCCACGACAGCCCUGUGCGAGCCAUGACCUGGUCCCAUAAUGACAUGUGGAUGCUGACAGCGGACCAUGGAGGCUAUGUGAAGUACUGGCAGUCCAACAUGAACAACGUCAAGAUGUUCCAGGCGCACAAGGAGGCGAUUAGAGAGGCCAGUUUCUCACCCACGGAUAAUAAAUUUGCCACUUGCUCUGAUGAUGGAACUGUUCGCAUCUGGGACUUUCAGCGGUGCCAUGAGGAGAGAAUCCUGCGAGGGCAUGGAGCGGAUGUGAAGUGUGUGGAUUGGCAUCCUACAAAAGGGUUGGUGGUUUCAGGGAGCAAAGAUAGCCAGCAGCCAAUCAAGUUCUGGGAUCCAAAGACAGGACAGAGCCUCGCGACGCUACAUGCCCACAAGAACACCGUCAUGGAGGUGAAGUGGAAUCUGAAUGGUAAUUGGCUGCUCACUGCAUCACGUGACCACCUGUGUAAGCUGUUUGAUGUGCGCAACCUAAAGGAGGAGCUACAGGUCUUCCGGGGGCACAAGAAGGAGGCUACAGCCGUGGCCUGGCACCCGGUACAUGAGGGCCUCUUUGCCAGCGGAGGCUCUGAUGGGUCCCUGCUCUUCUGGCACACUGGUGUUGAAAAGGAGGUGGGGGGCAUGGAGAUGGCCCAUGAAGGGAUGAUUUGGAGCUUAGCCUGGCACCCACUGGGUCACAUUCUUUGUUCUGGAUCCAACGACCACACUAGUAAAUUCUGGACUAGAAAUCGGCCCGGGGAUAAGAUGAGGGACCGAUACAACUUGAACCUCUUAUCAGGAAUGUCAGAAGACGGGGUGGAGUAUGAUGACAUUGAGCCCAGCAGUAUGGCUGCCAUCCCAGGAAUGGGGAUCCCAGAGCAGUUGAAGAUGGCCAUGGAACAAGAGCAGACUGGUAUAAAAAGUAAGGAGGAGCUGGAUGAAGUGGAGAUGACGAUCCCCGGUCUGGACUGGGGGGUGGAGGAGAUGACGUUGAAGGAUCUGAAGAAAGUUCCUCAGAAGAAAGUGCCCUACGCCAAGCCCAUCCCAGCACAGUUCCAACAGGCCUGGGCAGAGAACAAGGUGCCAGCGCUGCCCCCCGGGGAGGUCCCGAAAGAGAGGAAGGACGAGAAGAAGGUAGACUUGAAAAAGAAAACACAAGCAGAAAUUGAGCAAGAAAUGGCAGCCCUACAGUACACCAACCCGCUACUCUUAGAGCAAAUGAAGAUUGAACGGAUGGCACAAAAGCAAUCGGAGCAGGGGCCUCCCCCCCCGCAUGGUGCUAUGCCCCCCUUCCCAGGUCAAGGGCCCAUGCCCACUCCUCUACAAGGCUUCCAGCCAUCCCUCCUGCCACAGCAGAUGCCCCCCAACAUGCCUGCUAUGGGUCCCACUGGCCCACUGGGACCUUUCAUUCCCCCGGGACAAAUGGACCCACCCGGACCCCAGCAUCACCAGGGCCCCCCAGGCCCACAGGGCUUCAUUGGGCCCCAGGAUAUGCAUGGGCCCCAGGGCAUGCAGAGGCACCCAGGUCCUCAAGGGCACAUGGGGCAUCAGGGGCCACCAGGGAUGUCUGGCAAGGGGAUGCAUGGGCCUCCUGGAAUGCCCCCUGGACCGAGAGGGAUGCCUGGACCGCCUCCGGGGGGAAUGCAGGGACCUCCAGGAGGCAUGAUGGAUCCCCCACCCCGUGGAAUGGGGCCACAAAACAAUCAAGGACCCCAUCCCCAAGGAGGCAUGAUGGGCCCCCAGGACAUGAGAAUGCCUCAGACACAGGGAGGUAUGAUGGGCCACCCUCCACCACAGGACAUGAGAGGCCACCCUGGACCACCCAUGCAGGGGUCAAUGAUGGGGCCUCCUUCUAUUGGGCCACAGGGACAACAGAACCCCCCCAGGGUAGCCCAAGGCCUGCACGGACACAGCAACAUGCAGGGACCUGGGGGCAUGCAUGGGCCUGGGAAUAUGCAGGGUCCUGGGCACAUGCCAGGGCCAGGAAACAUGCAAGGACCUGGCACUUUGCAGGGGCCACCCCCGUUCAUGCAGCAAGGCAAGCCGCCCCUGUUGGGUGAAGGGCCCAGACCACCGUUCAGCCAGGGGGGACAGACUCAAGGGCCGCCUCCAUUGAUGUCUGGAUUGGUGCAGCAGGGACCAGGCCCCAACAGCAAAGGAGACUCUCGCGGCCCCCCAAACCACCACAUGGGAGGAUCUCUGGAUCGUCGGGGCCCUGAAGGGGGUAUGGGUCCAGACCAGGGCUCAGAAAGGGGAGCCUCUUAUUGGGGGGAGUCUCGUGACAGCAAUCGAGGCCCAGCCCCUGAAUUUGAGGGUCUGGAUGAGCGGUUCCACCCGCAGGGAGGGGAGGGCUGGCGGCAGCAGCCCACGCAGCAGCCCCAGCGUGGACAGAACCAAGAGUUCCGUGACGGGGAUGGGCGGGGCCACCACAGAGGGGGCCCCCAAGGUGGCUGGGAGGGCCGACGGCACUCUGAAGAGAAGUUUCCACGUGACGGCGAGGAUCCACGAUACAGGGGCCGUCGAGAAGAAAGGUUUGAUAAUUAUGAGGCACCCCGUGAGGAAUUCGACCCACAGCAGCAGCAGCAGCGAUCAAGAGAGCAGCAGAGGCCCGGAAGGCACAGCCAGGAGUUUGAGCACGAGCAAGCUGACGAAUCGUCUGACGUGAGUAAAGCAGGCCUGUUUCCUGGCAGGUUCCACAGAGGCGGAGCCUCUCGACAGGAGGGUCGAGGUGGGCGGGGCUACUCAGAGCAGUUUGUCGGCAAGGAUUUCGAGGAGGAGAAAGGAAGGGGUUGGGAUACUGGAGGAAGAGGGCGUGGCCGCGGAACACAAAGAGGAGGAGGGCGGAAGGGUCUGCUUCCUACUCCAGAUGAGUUCCCGCCUCAUUUCGAAGGUGGGCGCAAACCUGAAUCCUGGGAAGGAACACGAGAUCAGGGCAAUGAGCACUUCCGGGAUGGCUUGCGCCCAGAGCACUCUGCCCGGGACAGUGCUUCCCCGGCCAGCAGGGAGCGCUCCUCCUCUCUGCAGGGCAUGGACAUGGCUUCCCUCCCUCCUCGCAAGAGACCCUGGCACGACGGGCCCGGGACAGCGGACCACAGGGAACGAGAUUCCCCAGGAGGGGCUUCUGAGGAGAGGCCUGCAGUUCGAGGAGGCGGCUCUUCCCAGCGCAACAUGAAGCGGUCAAGCUCUCAGGACUGGGAGCACCACCGUGAGGAGGCCGGCUACACCCGUGGGGGAGGAGGCCGGGGCGGGCCUGGCUGGGGGAGAGGAGGAGGAGGGAACAUGAACAGCUCCAGCCAACCACGGCGAGGUCCGUCACGUGGAUCUUCGAGAGGGGCGCGAGGCCGGUAGGGCCACGAGAACUGGGACAAUGUUUCACCUCAACACCGCUGAGAGGACGCACAAGUCUGAACUGGAAACCAUACAACUGGGGACUGGGCUGGGUGGGGAACCAGCAUCUUUCUGGAAUAUGGUACUGGCUGCUGGGACACCUGAGGGGGUCUGGUCUGGGGCAGCCUGUCCCCUAUAGGCAUGCACACACUCAGGGCAGCUCACACAGGUAUGCAGGGGUGUACUCUGUGUGGGGGUCCAUCACGACUGGAACCAAGCUGUCACUUCUUCAUGUAGAAUCUCUUUGAAUCGGCAUAUAUAUAUAUAUAUAUAUAUAUAUAUAUAUAUAUAUAUAUAUAUAUAUAUAUAUAUAUACAUAUAUAUCCAUCUCAUAUUUUUUUAUAUAUGUGUUCUAAUCUUGCACAGGUUAUUAUAAAAGUAGGUACACACACCGCUAUCUUUAUCCUGCUCAUUGUCUUGUUUGGGUUGAAAUCUCAGUUUCGCCUCCAGUCUUUCAUUUUUUUUCCAUGUUCCUGCAGCAGACCUCCUCCCCCAGUCCUGACUACAGUCUUCCUUCCAGAGUCUCUCACAGUGAAAAUACGUUCAGGUUUCAGUCUCUGCAUAGCAUACCAAGCACACCGGAGUUCAAUAACGUACUUGAAACAGACACAUCAUAUUUGUAUAUUUAGAUCUGUCGUAAAAUUCUGUUGUACUGCAAAAUAAGCCGUGCUGAAUACACAAGGAUCUGUGUGCUAGCUCCUCUCUGCCUCUUACAAGCUGAGCCAAAAGCCAUUCUGAGCCCCAGUCCCUAUUGACAUUAUUAAUGAGCAUCUUUCUCAUUGUGCCAAUCUGAAGAGACAGAAGCACUGGGUGACAAAAUGACUGGAAUCCUAAUACACUUGUUUUAUUCAUCUUAAAGUAUGAAUAAAGUAUUUUCUGCGAUUUGUAGUUAUAACAAACAGUAUUAAGGCAUCUAUAAAGCAAAUUUCACUUAUAGUAGCUAAAACACUGUUUGGCAUUACGAAAGUAAGUAUGCCUUUUUUGACUUGACUUUAUGUAUGCUGCCCAUAUUGGUCCAUUCCUUGUCUGUUUUCUUACCAGGUCAUCGCCCUAACAUCUUGCCAGAAGACGAGCAAAAUAUAAAAUGUAAAAAAAAAAUUGCAAGACAGAAAAUGAUGAAGCCUCAGAUUUUUUGUAAUUCUGACAGCGCUGCAGUAUAAGCUGGUAAUGUCUCUUCUGUUAUAAUGGUUUGUGAAGGACAUUGCAAGCAGGGCAAGUUAGUACUACUCUGCUUCCCAAGGAAUUGAGUUGGAUUAAUAUUAAUGCUGUAUGUAUGUUAGUUCAUCUCCGGGAGAGUGCCCCCUGCCUGAAGGAUGGUGGAGUUUCAUUUCUCUUCCCCCCGCCCCCCACCCCCAGAACUCAUUUUUCUUAUGUUGAUUUUUUAAAAGAAACUAAUCAUAUUGGACUCUGAAACAUUGCCACAUACCCUCUGUGUGUGGAUGGGCAGGUUCUGUUUGUGUUUGUACAGUUUGUCAAAAGAUUGUCACAUUGUUUUGUUCAUCUUUUUGUAUGAAACUGCAAUAGAAUUUGUGCAAAAUUUACCAAACUUUGCCUCUUUUUUUCUGUAUCACUGUGUUGGGGAGAGGGCCUGAUUCUACAUCAGAAUUAUAUUUUACAUUUCAUGAAAUCUUUUAAUUAGCUUUUUAAGAAUAAUUUUAUAAAUGUCUUUUUUUUUCUUUUGCUGUUCUUUUAGGUGAAACAGUUCAAUAUAACUAGUUCUAUAACUAGAACUUUAAUUUUUCAGGGUUUAAUUUUAAGGAAUGUCCAAAAUACCUUAAUAACUCCUGUUUUAAAGGACAGUUUUUGUGGGUAUUUGAGUUGGGUUCUUCCUUGAAACACCAUGAAGCCUGUUAAUUGUGCAACAAGUAGAGGCUUUGCCACUCAAUGUGAUAACUACAUUUACCUUUGAUCAGCUGCUAAACGAUACCUGUGAGUGAAUGCUAGGUGUGUGAAGGUGGGAUGUCAAUCACAUGUUCCAACUUGCACACAUAAAACAUUGUUUACCUCUGCCCCUUAGUAACUGUUUAAUGCCGCUUCUGAAACUUGUUACACAAUUUUAACGAUUAAAUGAUUUUUCAAUUAAAAA